AGGGGAAAGCGGAGUGGGGGCGAGAGCCGGAGGAGGAGAUGGACAGCCGCAAAGUGGUGGUUUGCGACAAUGGCACCGGGUAUGUUAAGUGUGGCUUUGCUGGGGAGAACUUUCCCUCCUCUGUAUUCCCAUGUGUGGUUGGAAGGCCACUGCUUCGCUAUGAAGAAUCACUUAUGGAACAAGAGUUAAAGGAUAUUAUUGUGGGAGCUGCUUGCUCUGAAUUUCGCAAUCAAUUGGAUAUAUCUUAUCCUGUCCAUAAUGGCAUUGUGCAAAAUUGGGAGGAUAUGGGCCAUGUCUUCGACCAUGCUUUCUACAAUGAAUUGAAGAUUGACCCCACAGAAUGUAAGAUAUUGCUCACAGACCCACCUCUCAAUCCUUCAAAAAACCGUGAGAAAAUGCUAGAGACAAUGUUUGAGAAGUACAAUUUCUCUGGUGUCUACAUUCAAAUCCAAGCAGUCCUGACAUUGUAUGCUCAAGGUUUGCUGACUGGUCUUGUUAUUGACUCAGGGGAUGGUGUCACUCAUGUGGUGCCUGUUGUUGAGGGAUACUCAUUCCCACAUCUUACGAAACGGAUGAACGUAGCUGGAAGGCAUAUAACAUCCUAUCUUAUAGAUCUGCUUUCCAGGAGAGGGUAUGCCAUGAAUAGGACUGCAGAUUUUGAGACAGUGAGGGACAUAAAAGAGAAGCUUUGCUAUAUCAGCUAUGACUACAAGCGUGAAUACCAGCUAGGAUUAGAAACCACUAUACUUGUCAAGAAUUAUACUCUGCCAGAUGGAAGAGUUAUCAAAGUUGGGACUGAACGAUUCCAAGCUCCUGAGGCACUUUUUACUCCGGAGCUUAUAGAUGUUGAGGGAGAUGGCAUGGCAGAUAUGGCAUUUCGCUGCAUUCAGGAAAUGGAUAUUGACAAUAGGAUGAGGCUCUACCAGCACAUAGUUCUAAGUGGAGGGAGCACCAUGUAUCCUGGACUACCUAGUCGCUUGGAGAAGGAAAUUCUUGACCGUUAUCUUGAAGUAGUACUGAAGGGAAAUAAGGAUGGGCUAAAGAAACUACGCUUGCGGAUAGAGGACCCGCCCAGAAGAAAGCAUAUGGUGUACCUGGGUGGUGCAGUACUUGCUGGGAUCAUGAAGGAUGCACCGGACUUCUGGAUAACCCGGGAAGACUACCAGGAAGAGGGAGUAAACUGUUUAAAUAAAUGUAGCUAAGUGUGACUGAUAUCAUGCUUUAUUCGAAAGAUAACGGGUGCCGGUUAUCCAUGCAAUGUUGGUAGAAAUCAAGUGCUAUGUAAUGUAAUCUAAAAGAUAAUAUUUUGUGUGCUUUUUUCCCCCUUUUUAAAGGCUUUGGUGUUUUUUAUCAAGGGGAAACUAGAUGUAUUUGAUUUGUGUGCUGUGUAUAGGAUUGAUGAUGAAUUAUUCUCAAUAUUUGAUAUGAUUUCAGAGGCUUGUACUGA